UUGAAAAUGUAUUCGAUCGUUAUUUGCUCGUGGUGAACUAUAAUAACUGGGAGAAAACCAAGAGAAAAUGAUCGAAUAUCAUCAUGCUACACUAUGGUAUUCGUGGCCCCAUUUCCAAUUGUGGCAGUGAGUCUCGCCCGCAAAAGACUGUAUUUAGUUGUUUCCUUUUCGUCGGCUCUCUCGUUCUGCGAUGAGUUUCUGCUUUCUUCGAGCCAACAGCUCCAUCAGCGACUUGCCGUUCUGAGCUUGAGGGUUUUCACGCUCAUUGAGAAAGUAUGCAAGAGUGCCUACAGUGACCGAAAAUACAAUGUCACCCGUCCUAAAUCAUUUGUCAAUAACAAUUGGGGAUCGCCACAUUCGCCCAUGGGGCGAGAAAUGUAUUAUAUAGUCCAUUAAAAGAGCCAUCCGAUGGGUUACCUUGAAAUAAGAUACUGGUAUUUAAUAGGUGCUGCACUGGCCAUUGUAAUUCCGUCCAACACUGAUUUGCUAUGGCUGGUCAACAACGAUUGCAGAA